AGCAUUAAAAAUGGAUAUUAAGAAUAGCGAAGAUAAUAGUAUGCGACCUCGUAGAAGAGGUUAUUAUUCAAACAUUAUUACGGGAACCAAACCAUUUAGUUUUCUACCUACUGCUUCGAGAAAAACCAAACUUAUGUGGCAAAUUCGCACGGAACAUCAUAGUCCGAUUGUGAAAGAUAUUAAAAUAAAGGAAACACAUACUCAUCUCGGUGCAGCAGAACGAUGGAUAACUUUCCCUGAAGAUAAGUCUAUCGCUUUUCCAGCGGAGACAUUUCUACCAAAAGUGCAAAUGGAAUAUACUGUUGGACCAAAGGUGCUGCCGCGCAACGUUGAAAUGGAAAGAAGACGAAGAGCGUACAAGAAUCUGAAAAUAGAAGACGCUUUAGAAGCGGAAGGUGUCAAAUCGCAUGACAUGUUACCGCCUGAGAAAAUCUGUGCGUUGCUUUCGUACGAUGAAAAAUACGAUUUGUACUCUAAGGCAAAUUACUUACCAUUGGAACUCUUUGACGACGAGGAAUAUGAUUGUAGAACGGCAGAUGAAUGGAUAAAUCUUGGCAUCAUCGAUGGUGUUCGUUAUCCGUUACCAGCCACAGUAUUUGUCGAGAAAAUUUUACACAAAGAAAGAAUAUUUGAUCGUGAUGACAAAACGCUCAGCAACUUGUUUGGUUGGUUUCCUGCCGCCAUUACGGAUUAUGAUAACAAGCGGAAACUCUGGUCUGUUUUCACUUUGGAUGCUCUCAAGCGGAAAUUCCUUUUACCCAGAAUAUACGUCCGAUUUUAUGGAGAGGAUCCCGGGAAAUUUGCCCAAAGAAUAGCUAAUGCCGUUAAACAAAGACAAAUUACUGAAACUAGGAUUAGAUAUCACUUUUAUUUGGACUGCAUGCUGGUAGACGGUAUGCCAACACUCGAUGAGAAGCAACAGGAAGUUAUAAUUCUAUCAGCCACGCUACAAGGUUCCAUGAAAUACGAAUUCGAACACCUUUCCAGCGUAGUAUUAUACGUUACGCCGGAAGUACACGAAGCUAUGCAGUGCGUAGUCGUUGAGUGUAUUCACGUGUCGAAUAUGAAUCUGUUCAUCCCGAUUUACGGAAAAUCAAUACAUCUAUUGGAAUACAAAUUGCAACAGCAUCAAGAAACUGGCUCGGUGAUAAAGUAUCUGAAAGAAACGUGGGUGGAAAAAAUUACACAGUCGGUUAGAUUGUGUUUAAGAGACAUCGGAAAAGGAUGGUUUGAUCUGGAGCAACGAAGGCACGAUAUAUACGAUGUAAUGAAAUUGAAACGAUUCAUGGAUCUUAUUGUAUAUCGAAUGCAGAAUGCGCUUCGGAAUUUAGUGGAGAGAUCAAUUGCUCUGUAUUUAGAAAUGCUAGAAAUUCCAGCGCUUUGUACAUUAAAUAUAGACGAAAAUUUUACAUGGGGAGACGAUCUCGUAAACACGCAAUUUAAAUCUCCAGUGAAUCCUAUUUUUAAUAUUGAUAUCGCAAUGAAUGAUAAAACUGCAUAUUACUUAACGGAUCUUGAAUCAUUUGAGGAAGUUAUCGUAGAUUUGUUAAAUAAUUCCUUGAGUCAAUGUCAUCAAAUUAAACAGGUUCAUCCUUUUUUGCUACCCUUCCUAAAGUUUCCUAAAGAUUUGUAUCUCAGCUCAGUCGGCUUACUGGAGAAGGAAGUUUGCGAAGUUCGCGAUCGUUUGAGAACCGCUUAUCAAAAGUCUAUAAUACCCCUAAAAGCAUACUCAAGCGAGUACCAACAGUAUCUAGAAAUUUAUAAAUUAAACAUUGAAAAAUACGUGGAGGAUUUCAAGAAUGCGGAUCACACCGCCGCGGAAGUCAAGGAUGAAAUAUCCUUUCACUUCAAGAUGAAAUCGAUUCUCGAAUUGACGCUGCCGAAGGACAUCGUCAUAGGACCCUUCCGCGUGAAUAUCCAACCUCUCAAACAAUUCUUGAUACAAAAACGACAAAACUGUUGCACGCAGUUGCUCGUAAUGUUCACCGAGAGCCUAAGAGCACGGAUCGACGUCGUUUUAUCUGAUUAUAUGCAAAUUAGAACGAGGCUAAAGGCAACGUCGCGCGAUAUCGAGCACUUAUUCGAGGAGCAGGAGUGGAUGGAGUCUAUACCGUUAACGGUGAAAGCUCUGGAUAAAAUUAUACAGAAGCUGAAGCACGAAUACGAUGUCCUCGAUCACUUCUGGUGGAAUCUGUCAGAUCAAGACUUCGAAGCUAAAUGGCAAGCCAUCGGCUUUCCUCGGCAAAUACAGUUACAUAUAGAAGAGGCUAAGGAACGUUUUGCGAAUGAAUAUGAAAAAUUCUACAAGGCUCAGAUACAAGACGAAAUUUUGCUUACGGAGAGAAUCAACACACUCGUGGGAAACGUUAUGAAUGUAGCGCUGCAAACGGAUAUCAACAGAAUACUCGAAAUGGCCAUAGAGGUGAAGAGAAUCUGGAAAAUGGUAAAGGAUUGCCAAGAAUCGAGUUUAUUAUUGAACGAGCGACAAAAAUUGUUCGGCAUGAACGUGGUGCGGUUUGAGCAAUUACAUCAAUUGAUGAAGGAAUUCGAACCGUAUCAGAUUUUAUGGAUUACUGCAUCCGAUUGGUUAAAGUGGCAAGAAGUGUGGAUGGAGAAUCCUCUGAUAAACAUUGAUGCUAAUCAAAUUGAAAGCAUGGUUACCGACAUGCAUAAAGCUAUGUCGCGUUGCGUGAAAGUAUUCCAAGAGAAUCCAAAGAUAGCCGCUAUAGCGCUCACUAUAAGAAGUCAAAUUGAAGCAUUCAAGCCUUACAUCGGCAUGAUACAGGCUCUACGAGAUCCAGGAAUGAAGACGCGACAUUUUGAGGAACUUACUAAGGAAAUCGGCAUACAAAUGGAACUCACGCCAACUUUAACUUUUAAGACCUUAGUUUUCCUCGGUGUGAUGAAAUUUGAAGAUACUGUGAAAACCGUCGCAGACGCUGCAGCGAAGGAAUAUUUGAUAGAGAGUGCCUUGGAUAAAAUGAUGAUCGAAUGGGAAACAAUUACGAUGGACGUUCUUCCGUAUAAAAAUACUGGUACAUAUAUAAUGAAUAUUUCCGACGAAAUCACUACUCUUUUGGACGACGAUAUACUUAACACUCAGCAUCUAAGUCUCAGUCCUUUUAAAGCUGCCUUUGAAAGUCGAAUCGAUGAGUGGGAAGUUAAAUUGAGAUUAAUUCAGGAAGUGAUCGCGCAAUGGACGGAAGUACAAAAGCAAUGGAUGUAUUUAGAGCCGAUAUUUUCGUCGGAGGAUAUUAAUCGGCAGUUACCCGUAGAAACAAGAAAAUUCAAUACAAUGCAACGUAACUGGAGGCGAAUCAUGAAAAAUGCAUAUGAUUGCCCAUACAUAAUUAUAACGUGCGCGGAUAAAAUUUUACUGGAGAGCCUGAAGGAAUGCCUAUUGAUCCUGGAAGCAGUUCAGAAGGGUUUGUCAGAUUACCUGGAGACUAAGCGAAUGAUUUUCCCACGCUUCUACUUCCUGAGCGAUGACGAGCUGUUGGAGAUAAUUAUCCAGUCCAAACACGUGCAGGCGGUUCAACCGCAUCUGAAGAAAUGUUUCGAAAAUAUGAGGGAAUUGAGAUUCGAACACGAUCUCAGAAUAACGAGAAUGUAUUCCGCCGAGUACGAGGAGGUCACGCUACGACCAUUGAUCUAUCCCGAGGGAAAUGUCGAGAAUUGGUUGGGACAGGUCGAGGACGCAAUGCGCAAUACCUUGCGAGAGCUCAUCGGCGAGGCCCUCGAAAUUGUGGAAACGACAUCGCGAAAGCAAUGGUUAUACAUGUGGCCAGGCCAAGUAGUUCUUUGCGGGAGUCAGACAUAUUGGACCGCCCAUGUGGAGGACGGUAUCAAGAACAACACUCUGUCUGAUUAUUAUAGUCUGAUGUUGUUGCACCUGGAGGUGUUACAAAAAUUAAUACGCGGUCCGCAAACCGAUAUUCAAAGAUUGAUGCUGGAGGCUGUAAUUAUAAUUGAGAUUCACGCCAAAGACGUUUUACAUAAAUUAAUUCAAGAGAAGAUAACAAAUGUCAACAAUUUUGAAUGGAUCUCUCAAUUAAGAUAUUACUGGAUUGAUAACAAGGAUUUGAAGAUUCGUAUAGUAAAUGCUGAAUUUUCAUAUGAAUACGAAUAUUUGGGUAACAACGGUAGACUAGUAAUUACGCCGUUGACUGAUCGUUGUUAUCUUACACUUACCGGGGCGUUGCAUCUGAAAUUCGGCGGUGCACCUGCUGGUCCAGCGGGCACUGGUAAAACGGAGACUACUAAGGACCUCGCGAAAGCAUUCGCGAUUCAAUGCGUGGUUUUUAACUGCUCCGAUCAGCUCAACUUUCGAUCUAUGGGCAAGUUCUUCAAAGGCCUUGCCAGCGCCGGUGCAUGGGCUUGUUUCGACGAAUUUAAUCGAAUCGAUAUCGAGGUUUUGUCCGUUGUUGCGCAACAAAUUAUGACUAUACAAAAGGCACAACACAUGCGGGCGACCGUAUUUAUUUUUGAAGGAAUCGAGCUCACCUUAAAGCCGUCCUGCGCUGUAUUCAUCACUAUGAAUCCUGGCUAUGCAGGUCGAACAGAGUUACCUGACAAUUUGAAGGCACUUUUCCGCCCGGUGGCUAUGAUGAUGCCAAAUUAUGCUCUUAUUGCUGAAAUAUCUUUGUUCUCGUAUGGCUUUGUGAAUGCGAAAAACCUUGCCCGAAAAAUCACGACUACUUUUAAGCUGAGCUCGGAGCAACUAAGCACACAAGAUCAUUAUGACUUCGGUAUGCGCGCAGUGAAGACUGUUAUCGUAACUGCUGGCAAUUUGAAACGCGAGCAAAAAGAUCUUGCAGAAGACCAAAUCUGCCUCCGGGCCUUGAGGGAUGUAAAUGUUCCUAAAUUUUUGAAGAACGACUUAAUGUUGUUUAACGACUUCGUGAGAAAGGUGAUUCAACUAUAUGAAACCACGCUGGUGCGCAGCGGAUUAAUGCUGGUGGGUCCGACUGGUUCCGGGAAAACUAAGGUAGGUGUCGAGCAAUCUAGUGGGAUAAACAUUUUUCUAUUAUCCCGGUAUCUUUAGAUGAAAAGCCCUCUUUGAAUUUCUACGCUGCGUUAGCGUUAAUAUUUCAAUCUUCGUAUUUUCACGCUCUCAAAAAAGCUUUAUUCCGAGCAACAUUAAUCUG